AUGGCCGCCCAGGACGAUCUGUCACCCGACGAUAGCUACUUCAACGAUCUCUCGCAACAGCUACCGCCAGAGCAAGAAAGCGCGGAGGGACGGAGAGGCUCGCAAGACGACAACUCGCAGGUCCCAAAGCCGAAGAGGAUCGCUUGUGUGCUGUGUCGCAAAAGGAAGUUGAAAUGCGACGGCGGCAAGCCAUCGUGCGGGACCUGCACCCGGCUCGCGCAUGACUGCUCGUACGAUGAGGUGAGGCGCAAGAGCGGGCCCAAGCGAGGGUAUGUCAAGGCGCUUGAGGCUCGUCUGGCGCAAGUGGAGACUAUGUUGAAGACGAAGGACGACGAUCCUAAAUCGGCCAAACAAAAUGGCACGAACGGCGCUUCGCUACAUUCAAUGCAACAGACCAAUAUGGCACCGGAGUCAGAAGAUAUCGUCAUUGGCUCUGGCAACCGCGACUUCAUGCCACAUACGGAGCGGGCUGCCAACCAACAUGACGGACCGUCGCAAGCACAGUAUCCGCACGCGGCUCUCCAUGCAGCCAGCAACAAUGACUCUGCCCUACCUUCAGAGGAGCCUUUUCCGUGGGAAAUGAUAGGCUUGGGUCUGGACGAGCCUUUACCGACUCAGGACGUUAUCAACGAGCUCAAUCAGAUUUACUUCGAGAAGAUACAUCCUUCUGUGGCCAUGAUCCAUCGACCAAGAUACUACGCGGCGAUGAACCUCGCGCCCCAUAUGCGGCCGCCUAUAUGCUUGCGUUAUGCGAUGUGGUGUAAUGCAGCCUCAGUGACUGACAAAUACGAAGCGCUACAAGAGCACUUUUACCACCGUGCUCGGAAGUACAUUCAGCAGGAUGAGAUGAAAGGGCACGGUGAAAGCAUGAUCACUGUCGCACAUACUCAGACCUGGGCGCUGUUGGCAACCUAUGAGUUCAAGCUCAUGUUCUUCCCACGCGCUUGGAUGUCAGCUGGUAGAGCUUGCCGGUCGGCGCAGAUGAUGGGUUUGCACCGCUUAGACGGGGUCGGUCUGGACGUGAAGCAAUGUCUACCGCCACCCAAAGACUGGACAGAGCGGGAAGAGAGAAGGCGGACAUUUUGGAUGACAUUCUGCGUAGACCGCUACUCGAGCAUCGGCACUGGAUGGCCAAUGACAAUAGAUGAGAAGGACAUCAUGACCAACCUGCCUUCCGAGGAGAGUCAGUAUGAUCUAAGCAAGCCAGGGAGGACCAUGACGCUAGAAGAAGCGCUUGAGCCGAACGGUGCACCUAGACUGUCCGGAUUUGCUGGUGUGAUCUUAAUGUCAUGUCUUUUCGGGCGCAAUCUCACGCAUCUACAUCGGCCUGAUCCCGACGACAAUGACGAGGAUCUCAACGGUGGGUUUUGGAAGCGACACCGUACAAUGGAUAAUAUACUCCUCAACACUGCGCUGGCUCUGCCUGACACGCUUCGGCUGCCAGGGGGCCUCAACGAUCCUAACAUCGUCUUCUUGAAUAUGAACAUACAUACUUCGACCAUCUGCUUGCACCAAGCCGCGAUCUUUAAGGCCGACAAGAAUCGUAUGCCCGCCAAAAUCUCCGCAGAGAGCAAAGUCAGGUGCAUCACAGCCGCUGCUGAGAUUGCGAGUAUCAUGCGGCAGAUUAGCCAUCUGGACCUAUCGUCGAUGAACCCAUUCAUCUCCUUCUGCUUGUAUGUCUCGGCUCGUGUUUUCGUACAGUAUCUGAAGUCGAGGCCGAAAGAUACGCAAGUCAAAGCUUCACUGCAAUUUCUGCUGUCCGCAAUGCACGCUAUCAAGCGUAAGAAUCCGCUUACAGAGUCCUUCCUUGUGCAGCUGGACGUUGACCUUGAGAGCGCUGGCUUGGAAGAUUCACGCAGUCUCCGCGCGGCUGUGCUCCGGCAGCCCAGCCUGCCAGAUCGCUUCGAAGGCUGUCCGACGGCGCAUAUAAUGCCAACUGUGCCAACUUACAUGAAGCAUACCUACGGAGAUCAAGGCCUUAGCAUGUAUAACGAUCCCCAGUCGAACACGCACAUGGUUCCGCCGGUGACGACGGACACUACCGCUUUUGGCUAUGCGACGACAGAAAUGCCGGACUACAUAGGAAGUGCGACAUCUUUCGAGCUACCAAACCGGCAACGAACGCCGGGCUCGAUGCAAGGCUCUACAUAUCGCAGUCCGCAAUCCAACAACAAUGGCGAGAUGGAUACCAGCCCUGACGGUAGUAACACUGACCAGCGUACUCCGGAGUCGUCAGGUGUGGGUCAGCAGAACUCUUCCUCACGGACGUCAAAUACGGGGUACUCGCCACAGAACCAGCAACAGCAGCAAGACUCAAACAGCAAGAAGUCGCAGCACAGCAAGCUUCAUGGGAUCUUCGAACACGCUAACCUUGGUUUUACUGCGGACUAUGAUAUGCACAACUUCGCAGCCGUGACAGCAGAGUCGCAACAGCCUGGGUUUGUAUUUCCGCAAGAAUGGGGCUCAGGCAGUACUGGCUUGACUCCUGCGGCCACUGGGAUGGUUAACGGCGCAUCGGGCAUGACACCUGGUGCGCUUAACGACGUGAUGGGUAUGAGUGAUGCGGAUUGGAAUCAAAUGAUGGAAUCACUGAACAACAGCGAUGUGAAUUGGACAGCGGGGUUUCCGCAUGACUCGAGCAUGCCGGAGAUGAUCAAUGGGCGACGUGUGUAG